AUGAUUAAAAGUCACCUUGUUGUACCAGUUGAGGAUACUUCAACCAGAAAGCUAUUAUCAAUCGAUGAUAUCACUAAAGCUGUUGGUACAGGUUGUGUUCCAAAGCUUGUUGAUACUGAUUGCGCUCGCUCUCUGUGCUAUCAUUUGAUGUAUCGAAGUUAUGAUGGAGUUUGCAAUAAUCUUAAAAAACCACUUCUUGGCGCUGCCUUUAGACCAUAUUUCAGGCAUCUACCAGCUGAAUACGAUGAUGGAAUAUCAGAACCAAUUUCUUCAAUACGAGCUACACGUCCAGCAGCACGUCAAGUUUCACGUUCUCUCUUAUCAAGUUCACAAACUGUACAACACGAUAAGUAUAAUGCAUUAGUGAUGCAAUUUGGACAAUUCAUGUCACAUGAUAUUGCUAAAACAACCUUACAACCAUCAGCUAAAUGCAUUUCUUGUAAACCGAUACCAUCUCUUUGCAUGCCGGUACCAAUUUCAGAAAAGGAUAGCAAUGAAGCUUUCAAACAACGACGCUGCUUGAAAGUUUCACGAUCGUCACCGAUUUGUGGAACCGGUCGAGGCGGAGUGCCACGUGAACAGCUGAACGAGAAUACAGCAUUCAUUGAUGCUUCACCGCUAUAUGGAUCAUCCUUCAAAGAUGUGCAUAAAUUCCGUCAAGGAAGGACCGGUUUUCUGCGAAUGAAUAAAUUCAACAAUCAGAUGGUAUUACCUUUUGAUCAAUCGAAAUGUAGCUCACCACAGAAAUGCACUGCAACAUUUACCGCAGGUGAUAUUCGUGUUAAUUUAUUCAUUGGCUUAUCAUCUAUGCAUAUUUUAUUCACAAGAGAACAUAACAGGAUCGCAUCAAUUUUGGAAAAGAUGAAUCCAAAUUGGUCCGGUGAUCGCUUAUUCCAGGAGACACGAAAAAUUGUCGGCGCUGAGGUACAAGUAAUAACUUACAAAGAAUUUUUACCAAAAAUUUUGGGAGAUACAAUGAAUAAACAUAUUGGUCCUUAUAAUGGAUAUGAUCCACAAGUUAAUCCUAGCGUUUCCAACGUAUUCACCACAGCAGCUUAUCGAUUUGGUCAUGGAAUGCUUCAGGAAUUUUAUCAACGAUUAGAUUUCUCCGGAAAUAAUAUUUCUCAUGGAGGAUACCCGUUUGGUGAUGGUGUUUUCAAAUCAAGCAAAAUUUUAUUCGAAGGCGGAAUUGAUCCAAUUUUGCGAGGUUUCAUGAUGACAGCUGUAAAACGACCUCACCGAAUGAGUAAAUCAAUCACAGAGAAAAUGUUUGGCAGUACUGAUCUUGGAUCUGUCAAUAUUCAACGUGGACGUGAUCACGGAUUACCGUCGUACAACAAAUGGCGACAAUUUUGUGGAUUAUCGUUGGCUAAUGAUUUUGAUGAUUUGAAAAAUGAAAUUUUAGAUGAAAAUGUACGUAUCGGUUUAGCAAAAACUUAUAAUACAAUUAAUGAUGUCGAUUUAUAUAUUGGUUCGAUGGUUGAAGAUCCAGUUAUUGGUGGUUUAGUUGGUACAACAUUGGCUUGUUUAAUUGGUGAUCAAUUUAAGAGAUUACGUGAUGGUGAUAGAUUUUAUUACGAGCGUCCCGGUAUUUUCACUGAAAUGCAAUUAGCCGAACUUCAAAAGGUUACCAUGGCUAAUAUCAUUUGUAAUAACGGUGAUCAUUUUGGUAUCAUUUCACAGGAUGCAUUUUUGGUACCACGUGGACAUCUUACGCAGUGUUCAUCAAUUCCACAAAUUGAUUUAACAAAAUGGCGAGAAUAA